AAUACACCAACACAGAGGCAAGCCGUUCUGUUGGAAACCACAGAGAAUAGCACCCCUCCCCUCUCUCCCUCUUUCUCUUGCGUCCUCAUCUCUCUGAGAAUUGCAGUGAGGCAUUGCGCAGGAUUUAACUCCCCUCCUUCAUCUCCCUCUUCUUUAUUUUAUUUUUUUUCUUCCUCCAAUCCAGCUUUUCUUCAGUGCUAGCCAUUGCUUUUGGCAGCGGAAGGAUAUUUUCAUUUCCAUAUUGGAACGUUACGAGAGCUGCGAUUCGCUCAUUUCUCCCACAGCCGUGUGUGUGUGUGUGUGUGUGCGUGUGUAUGUGAGUGUGUUUGAGCUUGGGGAACACUGAGAAGGACAGCAUCUAAAGACGUGUCUUCACUGCCUGGCCCCGUAUCGCUGCCCGUGGAGGCUGGCAUCAGGGCUGGCGGAUGCCACAGCUGAUCUAAGUAAGCUGCAGUCAUAGAAGCACAGACAUGCAGCUCAGCACUGCACCUGCAGUGAGUCGCAGGAGGAGAGGAACCCCGGACAGCCAAGGGCUGUUAGGUGUGCUGAGUGUUUGUGCCACGUUACUGCAGUUAUGUGCCGGCUGUCCUUCAGAGUGUGUGUGCAACUCAUUGGAAGCAAACUGUAGUGGGCGGGGUCUAGUAUAUGUGCCCACUCUGACCUCUUUUCCAGAGGGUACACAUACCCUCCUCUUGACCAAUAACCGUCUCUCCUCCCUGCACAUAUCUGCCUUCGCCAACCUGAGCACCCUAGAGACACUCAACCUGUCCAACAACUAUCUGGACAACCUGCCUUCCAGGCUGUUCCUUGAGCUGGGUAACCUGAGUGAUUUGAGUCUGCGUAACAACAGCUUGACAGUUUUAGAUCGUGAGCUGUUUCGUGGCCUGACCCAGCUGAGGAAGCUGGAUCUGUCUCUGAACGGCAUUGCCGCAGUGCCGCUGGGCCUGCUGGAUGAGCUGCAAGGACUGACCUGGCUCUCCUUGGCUGGGAACAGACUUCACGCACUGGAGAGAGCCACAUUUGAACCUCUUGUCAACCUUCAGCAUCUCGAGCUGGGCAUGAACCCCUGGGAGUGCGACUGCAACCUGAGAGACUUCAAGCACUGGAUGGAGUGGCUGAUAUACCGAGGUGGUUAUGUCGAUGCGAUUGAGUGUACACUUCCGAAGGACUUGAGGGGGCGUGACAUUCGAGGCGUACCAGUGGAGAUGUUCAACUACUGUUUGCAUUUGGAGGAUGAGAAUGGGGGCAGGACUGGGGGCACAAAAGGUGGAUCUCCACCAUGCGCUCGAACAACGUCCUCUCCGUCGUCUGAAGGUGCAGCAGUGCAUACCGAGGCGGAGCUCCCAGAUUGUGUGAAACAUCGUUAUCGGCCGGUCAGUGUUCGCAGGGCGAUCGGUACAGUGGUGAUCGCUGGUGUGGUCUGUGGGAUCGUGUGCAUCAUGAUGGUUGCUGCUGCAGCGUAUGGCUGUAUUUAUGCCUCUCUGAUGGCAAAAUACCAGCGAGAGCUGAAGAAAAGGCAGCCAUUGAUGGGUGACGCCGAGGCAGAAGGCGACCCAGAGGACAAACAGAUCUCAUCAGUUGCAUAGGGAAAUGGGGGGGAAGUUCAGAGGUCAGCUGCAAAUAUAAUGAACCUUUAACUGGAUGAGCUGCACAUUGGAUGAUGGCUUAGUUACCUAGCGGAGGAUUCAUCAUCCCUGUUUCCUGUUUCUCUGUCCUUCCUGAGACCCUCUCUCACUCUUAGACUCACAUUUUAUUCUAGCUAAACUUUGAACUUUAUGCCACAGGACAAGAGGGACCACUCAGCACUUUAGAACUCCCCCACCCUCCUGCAAGGUUGAGAGGAUCUCAGCAAAGGAAGUGUGGAUAAUUCUGUUCACCUUUCUGAAUUUUGAUGUUUCUAGAGGAUCAUGUGCUGUCAUUAGCAUUAGCCUCUGUAGCAGCCUAACCAUCAACCCAACCCCCACUCUUCAAUCUAACCCUUCAACCCCAACACAAAUCCCAAACCCCAACCCUAAUCUUAAAUUUUAUCCCUAACCCCAAACCUUAAUCCUUAUACCUAAUCCCAAUUUUAAACCUAAUACUGAUCCAAACCUCCAACCCUAAUCCUUAUACCAAACCCUAAUCGCAGUCCUAUAUUUUAUGCCUAACCCUAACCCCCAAAUUUAAACCUAAUCCCUAAUAUUGACUCUUACUCCUACCCCAAUCUUAUCCCUCAACCCUAACUCCAACCUUAAUUCUAACUCUUAAUAUCGACUCUAACCCCCAAUCCUUAUCCUUAUACUGAACCCUACCAAUCUCAAUCAUAACCCCUGACCCUAACCCCCAACCCCAAUCGUAAUCCCUAACUCUAUCAGAAAACCCUUACCUUCAAACCUAACCCCAUGUGAACUAAACGUAACCCCCACAUAUCAUAUCUGAAAUAUUCCCUGCUUAUUUAUCAGAUAUAAUAUAUUCUAUACAAUGUGAAGUGACUCCAGUUUUCAUGUUUUUAAGUGUGAGGUUUGUCCUCUGUAUUAUGUGCUAAUAAUUUGUGUUUAUAACACUGUUUUGUUCUUUGUUUACUAUUUGCUGUUUCUCCAUGUUCAUCUCUAGAGGUCAGAAAUGUUUUUUGUAAGACUAGAAGGACCCAGCCCUGGUGUCUAUCGUGAAGUGUCUUGAAGUAUCGUGAAGUGCUAAUGUAGAGCGGGCUGAGGAUGUUGAUAUUAGUGGAGGGCGGCGGAAUGGUCUAAUUAAACUGGCUAUUGAAAAUGUAAAUUACACCUUGGAAUAAGACUUGGUGGUAAAGAAGCACAGUGGCCCAAGAGGAUAGCUACCAAAAACAGAAAGACAAUAGCUGAGAAAGAAAUAAACUGUACCUUUAGUAAGAUAGACUUUUCUGUGUAAUAUAAAUCAAUGUCUUUGUUGAUCUGUUGUUUAAUUCUGGACUAUGCUGUCAUAGCUGAUUAGGCCAGAUCUUUUCUCUUGGGCUGUCGAUUGGAGUCGAUUGCCUGUGUGAUUUUCUGCUUAUGGACCAAUUAGCAUAAUCCGCUAUUAUUUGAGGGCAGAAUUUGUUUAGAGUAACCUAUUUAGAUGCAUUUCUCUCGGACUUGCAGAAACCCACACAUAAUAUCAAAAUAAGCUUUUCUGCUGCAAUCAACCUCAGUGGCUGGACGAAAAAGUCUCUUUCAGAGUAGAGAGUGAGCCAGAACUGACUGCACACAAAAUAUUUUACCCCUCUGUAUUAUUGGAAAAAAAAAUAAUAAUAAAAUUUGAUUUAAUAAAAUACAAAAAUUUGAAUCUGAUUAUAAUGUUACUAAUAAUAUCAAGAGUAUAGUCAUUGUUGGCUGUUUUGGCACUCUGCUGCCAUCUCUAGGAAGGAUGAGCAAAAGGCAGACAGUUGAGUAGCAAACAUCACACCACCUCAUCAAGAUUUAAUAGAUGCUCUCCCACUGUAACUAUAGCAACAAACUCUCCCACACAUAAUUCAUUACCAAUGUAAAUUACUGGUCAGGAUACUGGCAAAAAUUUGCCAAUGAAUGUGUAACUAAUAUGUGUGCUAUGACCCACACCAGCAGUUAAGAGUCCAGGACAUUGUGUUCAGUGAUAUUUGCUGGUAGCCAUAAGCUGAAUACAUAUAUAAAUUCAGAUAUACUUUUAUUCAAAAGUAUGUUGAAUAUAUGUAUAUAUUUUGAUCUGUGUCUUACAAUCUAUUUAUGAAAAAUGACUUAAUGGCAAAAAAUGUGUAUACGUUUUGCCCAGUUGUUAUUAAGUGUUUCCUGUGCAAAUUCCUUUAGUAGAGGAACUCCUAGAAAAGUCACUCCAGCCUUUGAAUUCAAAGAAAAUUACUAAAGAGAGGACUUUUGUCUAGCGGAUGCGUUGUCUCCCGACAUUACUGUUCAUUUAGCUCUUACUUUAUACAGCAUGUGUCAUUGGCCCGUACUCUGCACGGGGCGAAAAAACACAUAUCCUGUAACCUCAAAAGCACUUUUGCCACUGAACAAUUACUUUAUGUCAAAUUGCACUAAUGCAAAUAUUCUCAAAAGUGAGCACAUGCUUGUUUACUGAUGAUGUCAGCAAUGCGCUUUAUCUGAAUAUAAGCCGACAGAUCAGUUGUGAUGUAAUGUCAGGGAAUAUGAAGGAUGGUUUAUAAAUGUGCAAUGACUUAGCUGGGGUGUGUUUACUCUCUACAUUGCCUGAAAUCUGUCCCAAUCUUACAUAUGAGAGUAGGAACACAUCACACACUACACUACACACCCUUGCUAAAUAAAAGCUUUCUAAAUCCUGUUGGAUGAGAGGAAAGGAUUUGUCCAUUUGACAGAGCUGAAAGCAUCUCUAUCUUUAUGAAAUUUAGGUUUAAUAUCUUAUAGCUUAUUGAUGUGACUCUUUCUUCACUGACCUUUUUUCUAAGACCGAUAUGAGAUCCUUAUUUAUAUUUUCGCUUGAUAAAAAGCAGUUUGAAAUAUGAUUUGUGAGAUGUGAGUUAAUUCU